GGGUGCCACCACGCUCCUGCCCCUCCAGGGCUAUCUGCCCCAUCAGGGGUUGGCCUGGGCAGAGGCGGAGGCCAUGGUCCUGGCAGGCGAGUGAAGGAUGCACGCUAGGGAGAGUAGGCAGCGCCUUCGCAGCAGCCACCGCGCCUACUUUACCCUUUAAAUCGGUCUCCAAGCCGAUUACAGCUGAUCUCCCACGUGACGUUUUACCUUCUGUCUCCCGGAGUGCCUAGCCCGAGGACAGUCCUCCGGCUGCCGCGCGCCACACUGCGCAACCCGCCGCUGGGGGCUCGGCUCCCGCAGUAACUUCGUGGGUACGGGCGCCCUCGGAGGGCUACUUGGCACUGGGCUUCGGGGGAUCGGGAGGCGUCGGGGACUCGAGAGGGCGCGGUCGGGGAGGAGACGGUGCCCCAGCCCGGUUCGGCGCCCUUGGUCUGGGCGGCGGGCGGGGUGCCCUGUGGCAGGCGGGCCGGGGUGCGUCUUUCCGGAAAGCACUCGAUGAUGGCUCCGCCGCGGGGCUGAGACUGCGACCCCAUCGCCCCACCCUCACCGCGUCCCGCACCCUCGCCAUGCAGAAAAGCGUGCGCUACAACGAGGGGCACGCCCUGUACCUGGCCUUCCUGGCGCGCAAGGAGGGCACCAAGCGGGGCUUCCUGAGCAAGAAGGCGGCCGAGGCGAGCCGCUGGCACGAGAAGUGGUUCGCUCUCUACCAGAAUGUGCUCUUUUACUUCGAGGGCGAGCAGAGCGGCCGCCCGGCGGGCAUGUACCUCCUGGAAGGUUGCAGCUGCGAGCGGACACCCGCACCACCCAGGACCGGCGCGGGACCGGCAGGCGCCCGGGACGCCCUGGACAAGCAGUAUUACUUCACUGUUCUUUUCGGGCAUGAGGGUCAGAAGCCACUGGAGCUGCGCUGUGAGGAGGAGCAGGCCGGGAAAGAGUGGAUGGAAGCCAUUCACCAAGCCAGUUACGCGGACAUAUUGAUUGAAAGGGAAGUGUUAAUGCAGAAGUACAUUCAUCUGGUUCAGAUUGUGGAGACAGAAAAAAUUGCUGCUAACCAACUCCGACACCAGCUUGAAGAUCAAGACACCGAAAUUGAAAGGCUUAAAUCAGAGAUUGUUGCUCUUAAUAAAACCAAGGAGCGGAUGCGCCCUUACCACAGCCAUCAAGAGGAUGAGGAUCCUGACAUCAAGAAGAUUAAAAAGGUUCAGAGCUUCAUGCGGGGAUGGCUGUGUAGGAGGAAGUGGAAGACCAUUGUGCAGGAUUACAUUUGUUCUCCCCAUGCUGAGAGCAUGAGGAAGAGAAACCAGAUUGUGUUCACCAUGGUGGAAGCCGAGACGGAGUACGUGCACCAGCUCUACAUCCUGGUCAAUGGUUUCCUCCGGCCCCUGCGGAUGGCAGCCAGCUCCAAGAAGCCCCCCAUUAGCCAUGAUGAUGUCAGCAGCAUCUUUCUCAACAGUGAAACAAUCAUGUUCCUUCAUGAAAUAUUCCAUCAAGGACUAAAGGCAAGGCUGGCAAAUUGGCCUACUUUGGUUUUAGCUGAUCUGUUUGAUAUUUUGCUGCCCAUGCUGAACAUUUAUCAAGAAUUUGUGCGUAAUCAUCAGUACAGCCUCCAAGUACUUGCCAACUGUAAACAAAACAGAGAUUUUGACAAGCUCUUAAAACAGUAUGAAGCCAAUCCUGCCUGUGAGGGGAGGAUGCUGGAGACAUUCUUGACCUACCCAAUGUUUCAGAUCCCCAGGUAUAUCAUCACUCUGCACGAACUCCUGGCUCACACCCCCCAUGAACACGUGGAGAGGAAAAGCCUAGAGUUUGCUAAGUCAAAGCUGGAGGAACUGUCCAGAAUCAUGCAUGACGAAGUCAGCGACACUGAGAACAUCAGGAAAAACCUUGCCAUUGAAAGGAUGAUAGUGGAAGGUUGUGACAUUUUGCUGGACACCAGCCAGACUUUCAUCCGCCAAGGUUCUCUUAUUCAGGUACCUUCCGUCGAGAGGGGGAAGCUUAGCAAAGUUCGUCUGGGCUCACUAUCUUUGAAAAAGGAAGGCGAGAGACAGUGCUUCUUGUUUACGAAACACUUUCUAAUUUGCACCAGAAGUUCAGGAGGAAAGCUGCAUCUGCUCAAGACAGGUGGAGUCCUCUCCCUCAUAGAGUGCACGCUGAUUGAGGAGCCCGACGCAAGUGACGAUGACUCCAAAGGUUCUGGCCACAUGUUUGGACAUCUGGAUUUUAAAAUAGUAGUGGAGCCUCCUGAUGCUGCCCCUUUCACUGUGGUCCUGUUGGCCCCUUCUCGCCAGGAGAAAGCUGCAUGGAUGAGCGACAUCAGUCAGUGUGUGGACAACAUACGAUGUAAUGGUUUAAUGACUAUAGUCUUCGAAGAGAAUUCCAAAGUCACUGUGCCGCAUAUGAUUAAGUCUGAUGCCCGUCUUCAUAAAGACGACACUGACAUCUGUUUCAGUAAAACACUCAAUUCCUGCAAAGUGCCGCAGAUCCGCUACGCGAGCGUGGAGCGCCUCUUGGAGCGGUUGACGGACUUGCGGUUUCUGAGCAUUGACUUCCUCAACACCUUUCUACACACCUACCGCAUUUUCACCACGGCCGCUGUGGUGCUGGCGAAGCUCUCCGACAUCUACAAGAGGCCUUUCACCUCCAUCCCAGUCAGAUCAUUAGAGUUAUUUUUUGCCGCGAGCCCAAACAACAGAGGUGAACAUAUGGUAGACGGAAAAUCCCCACGUCUGUGCCGCAAGUUCUCCUCCCCACCGCCCCUUGCUGUGUCUAGAACAUCCUCACCAGUGAGGGCCAGAAAGCUAUCCUUGACAUCUUCCUUGAACUCAAGGAUCGGAGCCUUGGACCUGACCACAUCUUCAUCUUCUAGCAGUCCUACCUCCCACAGUCCCACUGCAUCCCCGCCACCUCACACCGCAGCCGUCCUGGACUCUGCACCAGCUGACCGAGCAGGAGACUCCACAGAACUGUCACCUUGCAGAUCCCCCUCCACUCCCCGGCACCUCCGAUAUCGCCAGCCUGGAGGACAGGCAGCCGACAGCCCCCACUGCUCUGUUUCCCCUGCUUCUGCGUUUGCAAUUGCCACGGCUGCAGCAGGACACGGGAGUCCACCAGGAUUUAACAACACGGAGAGAACGUGUGACAAGGAGUUUAUCAUACGGAGAACGGCCACCAACCGAGUCCUCAAUGUCCUCCGCCACUGGGUCUCCAAGCACGCGCAGGAUUUUGAACUCAACAAUGAGCUUAAAAUGAAUGUUCUAAACUUACUAGAAGAAGUUUUACGAGACCCAGACCUUCUUCCUCAAGAAAGGAAAGCCACGGCAAACAUCCUGAGAGCUCUUUCACAAGAUGAUCAAGAUGACAUCCACCUAAAAUUAGAGGAUAUAAUUCAAAUGACAGACUGUCCAAAGGCCGAAUGCUUUGAGACGUUGUCAGCCAUGGAGCUGGCCGAGCAGAUCACUCUCCUGGACCACGUUGUCUUUAGAAGCAUCCCCUACGAAGAGUUUCUUGGGCAGGGCUGGAUGAAACUGGAUAAAAAUGAAAGGACCCCUUACAUCAUGAAAACCAGCCAGCACUUCAAUGAAAUGAGUAACCUGGUAGCCUCCCAGAUAAUGAAUUACGCCGAUAUCAGCUCACGCGCCAACGCCAUUGAGAAGUGGGUUGCUGUGGCCGACAUUUGCCGGUGUCUACACAACUACAAUGGUGUCCUGGAGAUCACUGCAGCCUUAAACAGAAGUGCCAUCUACAGGCUGAAGAAAACCUGGGCCAAGGUGUCCAAGCAGACAAAAGCGCUGAUGGAAAAACUUCAGAAGACUGUUUCAUCCGAAGGAAGAUUUAAAAACCUCAGAGAAACUCUUAAAAACUGUAACCCCCCUGCUGUCCCUUACCUUGGGAUGUACUUGACAGACCUGGCCUUCAUUGAAGAAGGAACACCAAACUUUACGGAAGAAGGCCUUGUCAAUUUCUCCAAAAUGCGAAUGAUAUCACACAUUAUUCGAGAGAUACGCCAGUUCCAGCAGACUGCUUACCGCAUAGACCAGCAGCCAAAGGUCAUACAGUACCUGCUUGACAAAGCCCUCAUCAUAGAUGAAGAUACACUCUAUGAGCUGUCGCUCAAAAUUGAACCUCGACUCCCUGCUUGAAGAUCUUACCUUGUCCCUGAGAACAUGGGAAUUUCGUGAAGAGUGUGUCACACAUGGCACGGCGGGGACCCAGAGGGACAGCGCCUGCCUUGGUUCACCACUAAAGAUGGAACCAGACUGCAAUUCUGUCUCCAGCCAGAGUAAAGCCCAGAGGCAUGGGUUAAAGACAGAUGCUCCAGCCUUGGGUGGGACGGUGCAGAGUUGAGUGAUGCUGACCACACAAUUUGCGUCAGGGCCGUGAAGUAGGAGAUGCUGGUCCAUUAGAGCAAAAUAUCAUGAAGGUAGAUGUCCCAUGUCCCAUGUUCUGUUAGAACUUGCGGACAAGGCCCCACAGAGGAAGCCUGUAAAGUUUCCUUGACAUUCCGCUAGCCUGGGCACACCUCUAACCAAUCUUCUACGACUUGACGGCUUCUCUUACACUUCCUUUAUGCCAAGGGUCACAGCCAGGCCGAAGCUUCCUCUGCAGGCCCCACACAUAAGCAGCUUCAGUAUGCAGCAUGUGCAUGGUUCUCGGUGCAUUCGACAUGCAUGAGAGGAGUGGCGUGCUCUGAAAAAGCCUUGCAGCCUCUAGGCCAUGGGACAGGAAAUAAAAGAUUCAAAAACAAGUGGGUUUGUUGGUAGCAUUUCCUUAAUUACAAGUAAGCAGUGUCCCACCAGCUUGAGCGUUGCCUUCAUGGAGAGAUUGGUGGUUCCAAGGAGCUGCCCUCUUGGAGAGACAGCUGUGGAGGCCGCAGUAAGGUACAUGCCCCUGUCAGUUAGCCGGCAAAACUGUGGGACAUGGGAAGGCCACCACGGGCUAUGGAGAGGAAUGACUUUCACGAAGCAAAAAUGGAGGGCUAAAAGUCAUCUUUGCACCUGAUUUCACUUGGUUUCUUUUCCCCUAAAUAUUCUAGAAACUUCUUCUGAUGUAUACAUGCUUAGUUGGGUUCAUUGUGAGCACUGGCUGGACUGUGAAAUAGUCUGUGGGCUUCUUCUUUUGAGAAGCCCCGCUUCCGUGUGCUAUUGGUAAACAGUCUUCUCCAAGCCUUUGUUUAAAACAAGGUCAUCUGACCAAGGCUAUUCUAAGUGCGUAGGGAAGGGCACUAACUAUCCCCACGGCUCUUAGAGUAGAAAGCCAAGUGCAAGGGUUUGUCCUGCACCCUCAGCCUGGGGAAGCCACCUCAUGCUCCGCACAAGGGUCAGUUGUUCAGGGAAUAGGGCUCUCCUAAUUACCCCCCUCUGGUGUUCUCAGGGAGAUCACUGCUUUACAAGGUGGAAGAGGUGACAAUGAAGGAUUAUUGUGAUCUUAGCCUAGCCUGCCUAGCAUUUUCUCUUAGAGGCAGGAUGCUUAUUGAUGCUGACCAUGAAGACUGAUCUGCAACCUCCCCUCUUCCUUUGCAUUUUCAUCGUGAUAGAGCAGACAGCUAGCUAAUACAUUCCCUCUCUGUUUCCGAAAGCCCAGCGGAAGAGCUAGCAUUGGGAAUGUACCGUAGAACUAGAGAAGGUGCAUUUUCUGGUAAGGGUCAUCUCUGUACAUAACUGCCUGGAAAAAUAUAAGCUGAAUUAAAAAUUUAUAUUAUAUGAAUCCCACUCCAGAAAUCUCCCUGGUUCAUUUUAGCCAACAGUGCAGUACUAAGUCCCCCCCCACCCGGGCCAA